GCUCAGGGAGAGAAGAUUAGAGAUUUGGAGUUUUGUCUGGAAGAGCACAGAGAGAAGCUGAAUGCCACAGAAGAAAUGCUGCAGCAGGAGCUUCUGAGUAGGACAUCUUUAGAAACUCAGAAAUUGGAUCUGAUGGCCGAAAUAUCUAACUUGAAGUUAAAACUGACGGCUGUGGAGAAGGACAGAUUGGAUUAUGAAGAUAGAUUUAGGGACACAGAGGAUGAACUGGCAUCUUUAAAAGAACAACUGGAAGAAAAGGAAGCCGAAGUAAAAAGGCUACAUGAAAAAUUGGUUUCCAAGAUGAAAGGAGAAGGGAUUGAAAUUCUUGAUAGAGAUGAAAAUUUUAAAAAGAAGCUCAAAGAAAAAAAUAUUGAAGUACAAAAAAUGAAAAAGGCUGUGGAAUCUUUGAUGGCAGCAAAUGAAGAAAAGGAUCGGAAAAUAGAAGAUCUUCGACAGUGCCUGAACAGGUACAAGAAAAUGCAAGAUAUGGUGGGACUGGCCCAAGGUAAAAAAGGCAAAGAUGGCGAGUAUGAGGAUCUGCUCCAUUCCAGCUCCAUCUCGACUUUGUUGGACGCACAGGGUUUUAGUGAUCUGGAGAAAAGUCCACCGCCUACUCCAGUCAUGGGAUCUCCCAGUCGUGACCCAUUUAACGCAAGUGCUGCCGAAGAGUUCCAUACCAGCAUCUUGCAAGUUUCAAUCCCUUCAUUAUUGCCAGCAUCUAUAGACGUGGAAACUUCUGAAAAUUCAAAGUUGCCUCCUAAGGCAGAGACUUCAUUUGAAGAGAAGUAUGUCAUUUAUGAUCUAACAUUGCAAUAUUCAUUAUCCUCACCGACCUUUCAGGAGAAACCUCCAGCGGAAAGCAGCCCGUUCGAGAGCCUCCCUCCCAAAGCUCCAGGACACAAUGCCUCCGUGGAUGACAACCCCUUUGGCACUCGAAAAGCCAGAUCUUCCUUUGGCCGGGGCUUUUUUAAAAUCAAAAGUAACAAGAGGACAGCAAGUGCCCCAAACUUGGAUCGUAAACGAAGUGCCAGUGCACCCACCUUAGCUGAAACAGAAAAGGAGACAGCAGAGCACCUAGAUCUUGCUGGUGUGUCUUCUCGGCCAAAAGGUUCACAGGGGAACAGUCCCUUCCAGAUAUCUCCACCAUCUCCAGAUUCCAGAAAGAAAUCCAGAGGUAUCAUGAAAUUCUUUGGAAAACUUAGGAGAAGUCAGUCAACGACAUUCAACCCAGAUGACAUGUCUGAGUCUGAAUUCAAAAGAGGAGGGACAAGGGCAACUGCGGGGCCCCGGUUGGGUUGGUCUCGAGACUUGGGACAGUCUAACAGUGAUUUGGAUAUGCCAUUUGCCAAAUGGACCAAGGAGCAAGUGUGCAGUUGGCUCGUGGAACAGGGCUUGGGCUUCUACCUGAAUUCUGGCAAGCACUGGAUUAUAUCUGGCCAAACGCUUUUGCAGGCUUCUCAACAAGAUCUAGAGAAGGAACUUGGAAUCAAGCAUUCACUUCAUCGAAAGAAACUCCAGCUGGCUCUGCAAGCCCUGGGAUCAGAAGAAGAAACCAAUCAUGGGAAGCUAGAUUUCAACUGGGUCACUAGAUGGCUGGAUGAUAUUGGCCUCCCCCAGUAUAAAACUCAGUUUGAUGAAGGACGGGUAGAUGGUCGAAUGCUCCAUUACAUGACUGUUGAUGACCUGCUGUCUUUGAAGGUGGUGAGCGUGCUACACCAGCUCAGCAUCAAAAGGGCCAUCCAAGUCCUGAGGAUCAAUAACUUUGAACCAAACUGUCUCCGGAGGCGCCCAUCUGACGAGAAUAGCAUCACCCCAUCAGAGGUUCAGCAGUGGACCAACCAUCGAGUGAUGGAGUGGCUACGCUCCGUGGACUUGGCGGAAUAUGCCCCCAACCUCAGAGGCAGUGGUGUCCAUGGUGGGCUCAUGGUUCUAGAACCUCGCUUUAAUGUAGAAACAAUGGCUCAGUUAUUGAACAUCCCACCAAAUAAGACUUUGUUGCGAAGGCAUUUGGCCACUCAUUUCAACCUUCUUAUCGGUGCUGAGGCCCAACGCCAGAAGCGAGAUGCCAUGGAAUUACCAGACUAUGUACUACUAACGGCUACUGCCAAAGUGAAGCCAAAGAAACUUACCUUCAGCAAUUUUGGGAAUCUGAGAAAGAAGAAACAAGAAGAUGGUGAAGAAUACGUUUGUCCAAUGGAAUUGGGACAGGCAUCAGGAAGUGCAUCUAAGAAAGGAUUUAAACCUGGUUUGGACAUGCGCCUAUAUGAUGAAGAUGACUUGGACCGAUUAGAGCAGAUGGAAGAUUCAGAAGGGACAGUGAGACAGAUAGGUGCAUUCUCUGAAGGCAUCAACAAUCUGACACACAUGUUAAAAGAAGACGACAUGUUUAAAGACUUUGCAGCCCGUUCCCCCAGUGCCAGCAUCACAGACGAAGACUCAAAUGUUUGACCCUAGCACCUGGGUGAACAUGAGGAGCUCUUAGUCUUUCCUCUACUUUCUUCUCCAAACUCUCACAGUAUAUAUACAAUAAGCAACAGACUGUAUAUUGAUUAUCGAUCCAGCUUCUGCUUACUGAGAAGUAGAAACGGGAAGCAGGGGAGACUUGCCAAUUCUGAAGGUGCCACGCAAAAUGAGACACUGGCAAAUGAGAGUAUAAUUGUUUUUCCUCUAUUUAAUGUAAAAAUCUGUGAUAUAUUCUAUUUAAAGUGUUGCAUUUAAGAUGA